GAAGAACGCCUUCUCCUGACCCUCAUAUGCCAAGCCGCUGAUUGGGUUUAUUUUGUUAUUUAUAGUGUACUUGGUUUUGGUCAGUUUGUGGUACAAUGUUGCGGUCUGCAGUGUCAGAGAUCCGGGAUCAUUGCGGUGUAAAAGAGGAGUAUGGAGAUGAUCAUAUCACUGUGUGCACGGUUAAAACCGAGGAAUAUGAAACCAGCAUAGAUACAGUACACGAAGGUAUUGCUGUGCAGCUGAAGGAGGAAGAUGAGGAGCAAAAGGUGUCGGAGGAAACGCCAGAAAUCACAGAGUGCACUGAAGAAACCGAUAAUCAGAGUUUUCACCGGGUCUUGGUUUUAACACAGGCAAGAAACAAAGAGAAGACCACCAACAGUAAUUUGUACCACUGCCCUCAGUGUGAGAAGACGUUUGCUAAAAUGCAGUUUUUAAAAACCCAUCUAAGAGUCCACACAGGAGAGAAGCCUUACGGGUGCUCGCAUUGUGGACGGAGGUUUUCUCAUCUGGCGUCGUUAACGGGUCACAGGAGAACACAUACGGGAGAGAAGCCGUAUCAGUGCUUUCAGUGUGGAAAGAGGUUCGCUCUUUCAGGCUCCUUGAAAUUGCACGAGAGGAUCCACACGGGAGAGAAGCCGUACCAGUGCCUUCAGUGUGGGAAGAGUUUUUCUAGACAUGCAUUUUUGAAAAAACACCAGCGCAUGCAUUCUGGAGAGAAGCCCUUCUGUUGCCUGGAGUGCGGGAAACGAUUUUCCCAUCCGAGCUCCCUAAAGGAUCAUGAAGGCUCACACACCGGAGGCAAGCCGUAUAGCUGUUCCGAAUGCGGAAGGCAGUUUUCUCACCCAAGCUCUUUAAAAGUUCAUGAGAGGAUACAUAGCGGGGAGAAGCCUUACCACUGCACUCAAUGUGGGAAGAACUUCUCUCAUCUCACAUCGCUGAAAAUUCACGUUCGAAUACAUACUGGAGAGAGGCCGUACCAGUGCUCCCAGUGUGGGAAGGGUUUCUCUCAUGCAGGCUUAUUAAAGGGUCACGAGAGGAUACAUACCGGGGAGAAGCCAUACCAUUGCACUCAGUGCGGGAAGAGUUUUACGCAGUCGAGUGCGUUAAAAGUUCAUCAGAGGAUCCACACCGGAGAGAAGCCUUAUCGCUGUUCAGAAUGCGACAAGUGUUUUUCUCAUCCAGGAUCUUUAAAGAUUCACCAAAGAAAGCACACUGGAGAGAAGCCGUAUCAGUGUGAACAGUGCGGCAAAAGUUUUUACAGAUCGUGGUACUUGAAAGUGCACCAGAGAAUACAUACUGAAGAGAAGAAAAUUAGUACUAGCUGAAUGGUUGUUUUUAAUGGUUUACAUGAAAGACUUCUAUUUAUGAACUCCAUGACUGCUGCUGUGAAGAGAGAUGUUAUGCUGUUUGAAGCUGGGUUGGGUGAUGUAAUCUGAUAUCGAUAAUGUCUAACAGGUAAUUGAUGUUAGAGGUAAUAACUAAGCAUCGUUACUGCACCGCUAUAUGUAUACCGGAUUCACAAGACUGAAAUUCUGCACACUAUUAUACACAUAGCUGUCUUGGUGAACAACAGCAUGGGGUCUUGGCCUCAUUUAGCAGUGAACAUAGUAUAUUUUUACUCUAUUUUAUUUUUGGCUAGCACAUGCCAAAUAAAAAUACACACGUUUGACACAAUACACAAAUAAAUUACAAUGAGAUUGGAAUAUCUGCUAUCGAUUUGGAACUAUGUUCAGAAAUAUAUAAUGCUUCUAGAAAGUAUUAACCCCCAAGCGAUCAUGUCGCUUUUUGCUGUAUAGUAGCUGGAAAUGUAAGUACUAUAUUGCAGUAGGGUAUACUGUACAGUGCCUUGCAAAAGUAUUCAGACCCCUGACCAGUUCCUGACCAGUAUAAUAAUACUGAAUUACAAACAGUGCAAUGAAAUUUCUUUCUGUUCAAUAUUUCAAUUCCAUUGUUUUAAAAUAAAUUAUUGUAAGAUGACAAGAUAUUUUGCUUGCUAUAUAAAAUAUGAAAUAUAUAUUUUACUUUGAUAUACACUAACCAGGAAUAAAUUUAUGACCACCUGUCUAAUAUUGUGUUGGUCCCCCUUUUGCUGCAAAAACAGCCCUGACCUGUCAUGCACUGUGUAUUCUGACACCGUUUUAUCAGAACCAGGAUUAACUUCUUCAGCAAUUUGAGCAAUAGUAGCUCGUCUGUUGGAUCGGAUAACACGGGCCAGCCUUCACUCUCCAUGUGCAUUAAUGAGCCUUGACCACUCAUGAUCCUGUUGGUAGAUCACCACUGUUCCAUCCUUGGACCACUUUUGAUAGAUACUGACCACUGCAGACCGGGAACACCCCGCAAGAGCUGCAGUUUUGGAGAUGCUCUGAUCCAGUCGUCUAGCCAUCACAAUUUGGCCCUUUGCUCAAAUCCUUACACUUGUCCAUUUUUCCUGCUUCUAACACAUCAACUUUGAGGACAAAAUGUUCACUUGCUGCCUAAUAUAUCCCACCCACUAACAGGUGCCAUGAUGAGAUCAUCAGUCUUAUUCACUUCACCUCUCAGUUCUCAUAAUGUUAUGCCUGAUCAGUGUGUAUUCAGCCCUCACACAUUAAUAUUUGUUUGAGCCACCUUUUGCUGCAGUAACAGCAUUAAGCCCUACUGUAUUUCUGCUCAUUUUAAAGGCAUUUAUACAGAAAUGAACUGAAACUGAAGUAAUUAAUUUGUGUCAGAAUUAUUUCAAAAAUUAAAAAUAUUGUCCAAAAACUGCUUAAUAUGUAAUAAUAGCAGAAGAGAGAAAUAAUCAUUGAGGGGCUGAAUAUUUUUAUGGAGGCACAAACUUACAGUUUGGAUACAGAAUGUGUUUAAAUCUGUUUAAAUAAAUAACAAAAUAAAAGACUCCAUUCUGAGCAUAAGAGUGAAUAGGUGAACACAUGGCAAAGAUUUUCUUUUUUAAAUGAUUUUUAUUAUUAUACUACGAUAAGUAACAGUUUAAAGUCAGAAACUGAUAAUAGUACAACUACAGGUACUUAAUUUGUUUAUAGUUAAUUUUGUAGUUACGUCUUUCUGCUGCAGGCAAAAAUAUUUCCUCCAUCGCUUGAUCUAAAAUCCACUACCAGUAUUUUGUUGUAAUUGACUUUCAUGAUAUCUUACGGGAUAUUGUUUAUUAUUAUUACAGAUCACCCAACCCUGAAUGUUGAAACACUUUGUGUACAUCUUGUGUACAUGUACUAUCUUUGUGUAUGUGUGUCAUCAAUGUGAUUACCACAAACCACAAAAUAAUGAGUUCCAAUAAAGCGUUAUGAUUAUGUCUUGCAGUAGGAUGGAAAUUUAUCUAUUUCUAAGUCUGUGUAGUAUAACCACAGGAUGAUGAUGAUUUUUUUGAGACAGAAAUACAGUGUGGUUAUUCCAUCAUGAAAUGAUGUUUGUCACAUAUACAUUACAGCACAGUGAAAUUCUUUCUUCACACAUCCCAGCCUCGGAGGUUAGGGUCAGAGCGCAGGGUCAGCUAUGAUACAGCACCCCUGGAGCAGAGAGGGUUAAGGUCCUUGCACAAGGGCCCAACAGUGGCAGCUUGGUGGUGCUGGGGCUUGAACCCCUGAGCUUCUGGUCAACGACCCAGAGCCUUAAUCAUUUGAGCCACCACCACCCAUCAUAUAAUAGAUAUGGUUACA